GACAAAAGAGCGUUGCCCUAAAUAAAGAUCCGUCGAUCCACAUCCUACUCCGAGUGAGUUUGUAGCCAUCGCCGGACGCCAAACCCUUCUGCGGUGAGAAAUCCAGAGGAAAAUGAAGAGUUUGAUUCUCUUCGCUACCUUGGCUUUGCAGAGCGCUGUGGCCGAAGGAGCCCAGAAGCUGGAGUUAAAUGGCGAGGGUUCUCUUUGGACCAUAAAACACUCGGCCACCCUGAUCGACCACCUCCAGGACCUGCUGCGUGACUCCAACACCAGCGAUAUCACCCUCAAAGUCCACACAGUUCACUCGGACGAGGUGAAGGUCUUCCACACCCACUACCUGCUCCUCACCCUCCAGAGUGAGGUCUUCGAGAACCUGCUACACAAUCAGAGCGUGGCCACCCUCGUGUUGCGGGAGACGGCGGAAUGCGCUGCCCUCUUCGAGAAGUUCAUCAGGUAUCUGUACUGCGGCGAGAUCACCAUCAUGUUGGAUCAGGCCGUGCCCCUACACAAGCUGGCCACCAAGUACCAUGUGACUGCCCUGGAGCAUGGUAUCAUGGAUUACAUGAGCCAGCACUUGGCCAGCGACUUGCCCCAAGGGCAUGUGGUGGGCUGGUAUCACUACGCGUUCAGGGCGGGCAACCAGGAGCUCCAGGAGAGGUGCAAGAGGUUCCUGGCUUGGAACCUGUCGCCCUUGGUGCACAGCGGAGAGUGGCAAUCCAUCAGCCAAGACCUGCUGCUGUCCUUGCUCCAGCGCUCUGACCUGGUGGUGGAGAACGAGCUGGAGAUUUACUCGGCCGUGGAGGAGUGGCUGGCCAGGAACCGGCCCGAGACGGCGGUGUCGGACAGCGUGCUGAGGUCCAUCCGCUACGCCAUGAUCGCCCCCCAGCACCUCUUCCACAUCCAGAAGGAGUCGCCCCUCAUGAGCGAGCAUUACGUCUCGGUGCAGGAUCUCUUCUUCCUGGCGUUCCAGUUCCACUCCACCACGCCGCUGCAGUUCGCCAAGUACUUCGACGUCAACUGCAGCCUGUUCGUGCCGAGGAACUACCUCUCGGGGUCCUGGGGCUCCCAGUGGGUGAUCAACAACCCUGCCCGGGACGACCGCAGCAGUAACUUCCAAACCCAACUGGGGCCCAGCAAUUACGACACGAGCAAAAAGGUCACCUGGAACGUCCUCUUCUCCCCAAGGUGGCUGCCCAUCAGCCUGAGGUCCUCCUACGCCGACCACGGGGCAAUCCAGGCCCUGAAACCCGAGGACGUCCGGCCCAGGAUCAUCGUCACUCCGGCCACCAACAGUGCGGACUUCGCCGGGGUCAGCUUUCAGAAGACGGUGCUUGUGAGGGCGAGGCAGGACGGCAGGACGUACGUCAAGCACAUCUACGACUUCCACCAAAGCACGGAGGAGACGGGGGACUUCCUGCUGCGGGCCGACCUCCAGAAACGCACCUCGGAUUACCUGAUCGACAACUCCUUGCACCUGCAUGUCAUCGUCAAGCCAAUUUACCAGCCGCUGAUCAAAGUGAGGAAGUGAUACUGUUUCCCCCCCAACCUGCUGCAGGUAUUGCCUGCACCCACCCUAGUCAGUCCAUGCCCAAUGUAUGUUGUGAAGGCAGUUUAAACUCGUCCUACUGAAAUGCCUCCUUCAAGUCACCUCCCCAUCUCUCCCCCGCCCC